AUGGAUGUCAUCUGCAUCUAUCAGCAUGCUCUACCUUUUGAAUCUACGGCCUUGGAAUCUACAAUGAAGAAGCGCAAGCAAUUGUGGAGUAAGCUAGACGAGCUACUGAGAACAAUGCCGGUGCGAUCAUCGGUGGUCCUUGCAGGGGACUUUAACUCCAACUUGUGCUCUUCCAGCCCGUACGUGGGCCACAGCGUUAUCCACAAUCCAGCUCGACCGGCGGUGGUUGAGGAGCGCAAGUGGCUAACAGGGAUGCUGGUUUCUCAUAGGCUGGCGGCGCUGAACUCAUGGUCCAAAAAGCAAUGCACAUACAGCCACCCCUCGGGGUCAUCGCAGAUUGAUUGGAUUCUGGUUCGUUCUGCACUGGCUGAUGAGCAAGCCAAGUCGUGCCACCCCCUGCAUGCACCCAUUGCCGGAUGGAGGUCGUCGGGGCAUCGGAUGCUUCGUGCUACAAUUCCAUUGCGAUGGCAGCCCUGGAAGCAAUCUCGCCAGGUUGCUCACAAAUGUCAGUCCCAUGCAGCUGCCGCUGCUGGACGGGUGGAGGACCAAGCCAUAGAAUCAUUGCGAGCAGAAGUAAAGCAGGUUGCUGUGAUCUCCGUGCAACCGCUGGUUCGGCCAGGGAUCGUGGGGGUAGAUGGUGAGAUUCUUCAUUUUUGGGAAGCCAGGCGUACGCUUGCUAGGCACACUGCUCUCACAAUGCGUGACAUCUUUGUUCGUAUGCGAAUGGUGCUGCAGUUGCAAAAACGUAGAAGGGAAUUACAGGCUCAGAUUCGGGCAAACAAACGGCGCCAGCUGCUGGAGACACUUCAUCUUGCGGAGGUGUCUGCUUCCACGGGGAACAGCAAAGGUCUCUUUCAGUGUGUCAGGUGGCUUGCUCCCAAAACUCUGCGACGCUCCAUCAGAUUGCGCACGGCAGAAGGGACUCUUAUGCAUCCUCGUGAAGAAUGCGAUAUGUUGGCGGAUUAUGCGGUGAAGCUCUUCACUGCGCAGCGGGCCACGGAUGUUGCCCUCGUCGAUCUUGAGCCUCUUGAUCCAGCCGUCUUUGAGCCUGAUGCGUGGAUUCGAGCACUUAGCAGUCUUCGCGCUGGGAAGGCGGUGCCGCAGAACUCCCCGGCAAUACAUCAAUGGCAAGCCAGCAGUGAGAUUGUGGCACAUCGGCUUAGCGCAGUCGCCACGCAGACCAUGUGCAGUCAGCAGCCGCGAGUACCGCGGUCUUGGACGGAAGUUCAGUUGGCAUGGUUAGCUAAGGCGGGGAAAACACCUUCUUCACCGCAGAAUUUGCGCACCAUAGGACUCAUGCCAGGGGAUACCAAAGCCUUUUUGAUUGUGCUUCGGGAUGCUGUGGCUCCUUACAUUCAGGAAUGUCUGUUUGCACAACCGCAAUAUGCAUACCGGAAGGGUGCUUCCACGGCGGAUGCGUUGAUGCGUGCUGCUGGGCAUUGUUUCAGUGUUCGGGCUCUGCUGCAGCGGCACCGGCGUGAUCACACGUCCAAGCUGCUUGGGGAUGCAUCAGCUCCAUUAAAAGGGGGACUGAUGUGCGGCCUCGACCUGCAGAAGGCCUUCGAUGCCCUGCCGCAUUCGGAGCUGCAUAUGGCCAUGAUUGAAGCCGGCGAUGCGAUGAAGGAGCUACGAACUCUCAUCGAGGCGCUUCUGCAUUUGGGCAUGGCGGUGAAUUUUCAGAAGUCCCUUGUUGUCUUAAGGGUUUGCGGCACUGCUGUAGCGCAGUUGUGUAAGUCAUGCUUAGUGUGGCGCAAUGGCACACAGCACUUGCGAAUACGGUGUCAUGACAAUGACAUGUACAUCCCAUGCGCAACAUCGAUGCCUUAUCUUGGUGCCACGCUCUCCUAUGACAACUUUGAGCUACAGACCUACAAGACAAGAUCGGUGCAAGCUCGCAGUCGAUUUCAGGAGUUGAAGCGUGUUCUACGCACCAACGGCGCGCUGGCCGAGCGGCAUCGAGUUCGGCUGUACAAGGCCAUCAUUUGGCCCACGCUGUGGUAUGCCUUGUCCAGCGUUGGGGUUACAUGUGAUGUGCUCCGGGGUGUUUGCUCUUUGUUGGCUAUGCAGUUGCGGAAGGUUCUGAGAAUUCACGAGCAGGGCAUCAGCAACAAGGUUGUGUUGAAGCGGGCUGGCAUUGAUCCGCGCACAUUCUUUCAGCUGCAGGUGCAACGCAAAGGGGAGGCCAUCAUUUCGGAUGUACACCGCGCUGAUCGCAUCAAGGUGCAGGAGAGUAAGCAUUGCUAUCGGAUACAUCAGCGCCUACUGGGUCUUGAGGACUCAUCGGCUAUGACUUCCUUGGUAAGGAUCCCGAAGGUCGAUGCAGUAGCAGUUCCCUGUCCUGUCUGUGGUGUGUACUUCGACUCGCAGGCAAGUCUUCAGAUGCACAUUGCGCACAAGCACAAGGAUGUCAACAAGCUCUCCCGCCUUCCCUUCAGACGUGACCUUCAUGCGUUGCAUGGGCUACCGAUUUGCCGAUUCUGCCAGGUGCGACUUCAUGAUUGGCGAUCUCUUGAAAAGCACAUCACUGGUGGCACUUGUCCCAGAGUGAAGGAGUUCAUUGCACAGGGUCGUAGUGAGGACGACAUGAUUGCGAUUGUGACAGCGGAAGAGAAGCGAUCUCCUCCUGUUCCUCCUGCCAAAGCUACUUCUCAGGCAGUUGUCCAGGACGACAUCAACAUUGCUCUGGAGGUGGAACCUUGCACACUGGCCACGCGGGGUUCCUUGCUGCGGGUUCUAGCUACCAGAUGUGCGCUCUGCAGGCAGCUGAUCACGGACAGCUCGAAGAUGAAAACCCAUUGGCAACGCACUCAUUCGAAGGAGUGGCAGAUGGCACAUGCUAGUGCAUUGUCAGGAUCGCAGAGUUUGUCAGCUACGUUCUGUACGCCGUGUGUUUAUUGUGGCAGCAAGGCACGAAAUCCUAGAGAUCAUUCAGGUAAGUGCACCUCGAUGUUUCAGUUGUUGGCCAUGCGUGAGCUUCGUGGCAGGGGUCAUUCGACUCCAGAACCCAGUCGAGGCCCGUCGGUCAAGCAGUCCACAUUGACUCCACAGUAUCAGCUCUUUGAUCUUGCUGAGACGCCUCUUGGGCGCUACUUCAAGACCAAUGCGGAUGCAGGCAAUCGGGCUUCAAGCUCACUCGCUCCUAAAGCAUUGCUGCCUAAUUCUCCUUUGAGGUCGGAGGUGGUGGCACCGCUGGAUGCUCCUGAUCGGGUAGCACUUCCUGCACACUGGCUGACUGGCCUUGUUCUUGGAAAUCCUCACAACCACUGCUAUAUGAAUGCGUCUCUCUUUGCGGUCUUGCAUGCAAUGCAGGUGUCUGGCUCUACUUCGAGGGCGCUGCAAGCAAUACGGGAGCUGUGUCAAGGCUUCGUUCGCCGGGGAAGUGUCCUUUGUCUGGCUGCUCAGCUUGUGCUACGGGCUUAUCUCAGGCAAUGGUCUUUUGAUGAUCGACAACAUGACGCGGCUGAGUUCACGCUGGUGCUCCUGAGCAGUUUGGGCCUCAGUAUGCCGGCUUGGGAAGCGCGUUUUGACACGCCAGAAGGCACACGUGUGCGCCAUGCGGGUGGCGCACCGAUCGCCCUCACACUUCGGUCAGAGGCCUGCUCCUUGCAAACUUUGCUGGAGGAUUGGUCUGCGCAUGAACUUGUCACCGUACAUGCUUUGACGAGCAAGGAUGGGCCAGUGCUCUUGCACUUGGCUCGCAAUGCCGACGCUUUCAAGAAUCAGGUGCCGAUCAGCAUUGCCUCGAUCAUUCGUGUUCCCGUAUUCGUUGAGGGCACCCGGGUGGUUUGGACUGACUAUCAGGUCUGCUCCAUUGUCGAACAUCUUGGAGAAGCUGUUACAUCGGGUCAUUAUCGCUCGGUCCUCAAAAUGCCAGAUGGGUGGAUGUUGACUGAUGAUCAUCGGACUUCUUGCUCAGUGCUCUGGAGUGUGCAACGUGAAGAGUUGAUGUAUUUGGUAUGGCUGAUUCCGGCUCAGUCCCUCGGGAACGGGAUCACGGCCCAUUGGGUCGCUUCGCCGCGUGUGUGCGGUCUCGCCAAUGGCAUCGGUAUAGACCCUGCCAUGGAGGGCUCAGAGGAGUGGUCCUUCUUUCGGCAAUACAUGCCGGCAGGACUCCACAUGCAAUCGGGCCCACCCUCGGAUGUCUCCACGGCUGCUACAGGCCUGGAGGAAAGGGAAACCAAGGCUGCCAGAUACUUUGAUGCCAAAGGAGUGGGCGGACGCGGAAAGGGCAGUGAAGCCCAGCAAGGACAUCCAGGCAGCUCGAAGGAUGGACAGGUGCAGCAGGACGACUGGUUCAAUGCCUGGGGUCGCGAUGGAGCUGAUGGUUUCGGUGGCUCUAGCGCGGAGCUGCGCGAGAUGCGGAAGGUCAUUGGCAUGAUGCAGAAGUUGAUCCUCAGGCAUGAAGACUCCAUUAACAUUUUGAAGCUGGAGUACAGCUUUGUUGCGCACAUGCGGCUCAAUGUUCCGUCAGGGGUGGCUACCACGCUCUAUGUGGCAGCUGAUGGAUGGAGGAAGCUCAAAGCCUCGGAGCCUACCAAGCUGGACAGGCCUAUGCGCACCUCUCUCUUUGUGUGCUUCCUUGCGGAGUUGAAGUCGCGGCUGACGGGACUCGAUGAGCGUCCAGAUGAUGCUGCUAGGAUGGAGCAAAUGGGGUGGAUUGCGACGGGUCCGCCGAGAGCCUGGCACUUCCUCAAAUGGGAUGGUGCAGCGCAGCGUACCGUUGUGGAUCAGAGUAAGCCGGCUCUGACGCAAGCGGAGGUUCUGGAGCACAUCGACAUCCUGCUGAAGUGUGCAGUCGUUGGUAAUGCCCUCACUCGCUUUCAUCCAACGCGUCCUCUUGCAGAGGACAUGCAAGGGGAAAGCUUGGCUUUCUUGGUCCAGGUUGGAACCAUGGGGGAGGCCUCUUUGAGUAUGCGGCUGAGUUUGAAAGCAUUGUGCCACAAUGCAGCGCUUCAGUUGGUCAUACAGGAUGGGAUUGGUUGUGACUUCACCGACAUCACCGACUUCAUUGUCUGCGUUACCUGCUGGCUGUGGACUCGGCCCCAGGACUCGGAGGCCUCUAGUCGGGAGGAUGAAGAGGUAGGAGUCCGAGCGGAAGACUGGCAUGCCUACAUGCUGGGAGUUGCACAACUGAACAAGGCAAUGUGCGGAGGCGGGGGCUCCCGCCGUAGAAACCAACAGAGGCAAGAGCAGGGUAGCGUGGCUCAUGCUAUGCCUCUUGAUGAUGGUGCCGAUGACGGUCAGGAUGCUCUUGCGUCUGCUCUUAACGAGUUCCUGACCACGUGGUGUAAGAACAAGCCAGCUGCCAAGCCUCAGCAUUCUCUUGCUCACCAGCUCAAGGAUCUCCUACAGCCUUUGAUCCAGCAACGAGCCUCUGAUGAGCAGGUCGCACAGAAAGUUAAGGCACUCCUUACGGCGAACCAGAAAGCUAGGCGGUUGCGGCACACCCACGAGGCUGUCAGGCCCAGUACUCAGGCUCAAACCGGCUCCGGGCAACUCAACCAGCCCAGUAGGCGUGUUGAGUUUGCCGUUCCCGCUAGCGCUCUGCCCGCCCGCUCCUGGACCCCCACUACUACCAAGGCCUCGGGAGCGGACCGUUGUAAGGAACGAGACCUGCCUGACGGCAGCAGGACUAACAAGCCGACGCAGGAAGCAGGACUCAAGAAGUCCAUUACCGCGGUUGUGCCCUCGGAGUGGACUGCUGUGGUCAAGCUUACCACGGUAGCUGGAGUCAGAAAAGCUCUGGCCUCAGGUAGUGACUUGCCUGGGAACCUGGUCGUAGUCUCUGGAGUUGAACAGUACCUUGAGCUCAGAGACCAGUUUGCGGCUGUUGCUUGCUACUCUCCGCUCGCCGUCAUCAUAGAUGACCCGGUGCGGCACCAAGCACCAGGACUGUCAGAGGUCAAAGUGUCAGUCAAGAGGGGCUCCGCGGCCCUUAAGACUGAGACCUUGAUGCUUGCAUGCAUCCCCGAUGGCGCGGCGGCCCCUCGGGUCAAGCCGGCAGUGCGUAUCGAUGUGGCUAAGUACCAGCCGGCUGCCAAGGUCACAGUGCGAGUCUCUGCACCUUCGCACUACAGACAACUCUUCCGUGACCGUUGGGACACUGCGCAGACAGUAGUCACCGAAGUCGCUCAGUGGCAGGACGGGCCGGUUUCAGCUCUUCUAGGUGGACAGUGGAACUGGGUCACCACAAAGGGCACACACCACUUGGUCGCUCACCUCAGGGUUCCCCCAAGUGUUGCUGACCAGCUCAUCAGCAAAAGUGGCAGAAAUGGCAUUCUAGUCACCAAGGCUGGUGUUGCUGACAAAGCCCCCCCGCAGGCCAUGCUCUGGCUUAAGAAGGAGGACAACGAGGACGCUGAGUGCUACUUUCGCCGCGCCCUCUCCACCGCUAACACUAGGAAUCAAAGCCUCAAAAUCCGUGCUGGUGGAGGCAAUGAUCUAGGAGUCCUUAGGCUCGAAACUGAUGGGGUUCCACACUCCCCUAUCGUUAUCGAAGCUCAAACACCCAGGCUCUGGGAGAGAGAGGACGUAGUUACUUUCUUGUCGGACCAAGGCUGGCAGGACGUCACAGUGUUUGGUAGGCGUAAAAAGAACAGGUUCCACGUCGUGUGGACCGUGCGUGGGCUUUCCCCCGUAGAAGAGAAGCUUGGGCCCUGGCACUACGUUGACCGGAGCAAACCCGACUUGCAAGUCUACGCUACUAAAACGGUGUACCGAGGAGCUAAGGCCACGGAAGUUUUCGCUGUGUCUGGGCCGGGCAAAAAGCUGAAGACGGAGCACAAGCCUGAUGCUCCUCCUAGCAACACGGGUGGGUCUGGGCGGGCUGAAGAUGCUCAUGAUGCUCGCCGCACGCCGCAAAGAGAUGCUUCUGAGAUCCUCGAGGCUCGCGACGCUGACGCUGACGUUGAGAACGAAGAGAGAGAUCGUAGUCCCAGAAGGGUUAAAGAAGCCUCGGCUGAACCGGAACCUUUUGCUGAGGACGAGAUCACGCACGCCUUGCGUAACGGAUGGGUCCGCGUGGAUCAAAAGGGAACGGGGGAUUGCGCGUUUCGCUGCGUUGCUGCUGCGAGACACUACAACUCCACCGGGGAACUGUUGUCCGAAGAAGCCAGUAGGAGAGAGGGCGGUCUCAUUCGUGGCAUGGCUGUCGGGCACAUCCGCUCUCAUGAGGAAACCUAUCUCCCUUAUUUUGCUAAGGACCAAGAUAACGCUCCAGAGGAACCUGACCCUAGCCAAGGCGGGAUCGCUCAGACCUUUCAGGAGUGGCUGGCACAGAUGGCUACGCCCCACUGCUGGACCGAUGGCUUGACUCUGCAGGGCAUCGCUUCUAAGUUAGGGCUUGCUUUGGUCAUUUGGGUGAAGACACCAGAACAAACUUGGAAACGAGUGUGUCUGGCUCAGUCCUUUGGCAAAGACCGCGGCUCCGGCCGCUUCGCUCAGAUGGCCAAGGACCAGCAGGCAGCCGUACUACUGUUGGAAAACGGUCACUACACGUGGUUGCAGCCUAAGGCAGAGGACCGUCAAGUGCCGCGACAAUGGCUCAGGGAGUCAGUUGUCCCUCCGCGCCUGCAGCUGGCGGGCGGAGGCUCUCAGGCCUCUGACUGUGACUUUCGCCUGGACGAAGUGCAGGCCCCAGCUACGCCGUCUGUCCACAGUCUGAGCCCCGAGCCCGAUAAGGCUGCUCAGAAUGCUCAGGCUUUGCAGGCGCUCCUGCAGGGCACAGGUGCUGCCCGGGCCCCUUCUGACUUGUCCCAAACGGGAGUGGAGGAGGAACAGGCGGAACGGGACUGGGAGUGCCCUCUUUGCUUCAAGGGACUACCGCCGGCGGGUAGUGACGUUCGUGGACGCUCGCAAACUCUGGCUGUUUGGGUGAGUAACACGCUCUUCAUCACCUUCUACGCACCGCCAGGAGAUGACUCCGUUGCAGCCAAUCUGCUUUGUGAUUUUCACACCAGCCUUGGUGCUCAUCGCGACAGUUGGUUGUGUGUCGGUGAUGCCAACGGUGAACCCAAUGACUGCGACAUCAGUUAUGCCUGUAGUGCGGUUGGUGGCCAUUUGGUCACUGAUUGCAAACCAACGCGCUGGAAAAGUGAGCGCUGCAUUGACUGGUAUUGCACAAACCGUCCGGAGCGCCUUCGUUGGUUCGGACACCUCGAAGCCCACCUCAGCGACCACGUGGUGCUUGCUGCUCGAUGGGAAGCUGUGGAAUGCAGUACUCUGCGGGGUCGUCUUCAGCCAAAGCCCACGUGGCGGCGUCCUGACAGCCUCACUGCUGAAGUAUGGAAGCGCAAGCUUAGUGAAGCUUGGCUUAAGCAGAAAGUUACUGCGGCUGGUCUUCGCCUCGACGCGCUCCUGGCUGACUCCGCGAACUUAUGCGUGCAAGAGGAGUGGGACUUGUACAUGGCAUUGUUGGCUGCCACCUACAAGUCUGCCAUUGAGGCCUGCCUCAUUGAAUCCUCAGGUUCGCUUGCUGACGAAGCUCGCAGUCUCCUGAAGCAGACUGGCGCUAGGUCAAACUGUAAAGGUGCCCUGGCCGUGCACCAAACUCUCCCACGUGAACAUUGGGGACCCGGCCCUGCUGCUCGCAGCAUGGCGGACGUACGGGUCUCUAAGAAGCUGGCAAGGCUCUACCAGCUGCAGCGGCUCCUUGCUCCUUCUCAAGGGCGUCCUAGGCAGCAGGAACUGCAGGCCUUGCAGGCUAAGACAGGCGUGCCUGCAGAGGCACGCACACCUGCACAACAGCUGGCAUGGACCAAGGCACAAAUCCGCCACUUGACGGCUCAACGAGUUGCGUCUGAGGAAGCUGCUAAGACACGGCGCCUUCGUGACUGGCGCACCAAGGUGGCUCAAUCAGACAGAGCUCUGAGUCGCUGGUUCAAAGCUAAGGAGUCUUCGCAGUGGCACCUCACAGUCAAGGACUCACGGGGCCAGCUGUGUGACACCCCAGAGGCGGCUGCCACCGCCAUAGCUAGUCACUGGCGCGCAGUUGCUCAGGACUCACGAUGCUCUGACAAAGGACAGGCAGCCAAGGUCCUUGAGGACGGCUUCAGGCUGCCUCACGGUCGCUUCGUUCCUGAGGACCCCAGUUUCGGUGAGCCUGCAGGCACCUCGUGGCCUGGGCCUGACUUGGCAGGACUCACUCGGGCUUUUCGGAAGUGUAAAGGGAGCGCGGGUAUUGAUGGAUGGUGUUCUUCGGAGCUGAAACAUGACACUACCCUGUCUGCGCCCCUCACGGCGCUCGACUCUACUCCGCAAGGGUUGCCACCUCAGCUUCUGCAGGCAGCCUACAUGGACGAUCGCACGGCGGUCUCGCAGUCCUGGGCUCACACCGAAGCUUGGGUCGCAGAGUGGCAAGCCUGGUCCUCUGUAGUGGGUUUGAAGGAAAACUCGUCCAAGACCCAGGUCUGUGCCAAGUACCAGCGUUUUCGUGACAUGAUGUCCGCCCAGUGUCCACAGCAGUGGCAGCGGUCGGAAUGUGAAGUGUUGGGCGCCAGCACCGUUUGUAGCUACCGUCAAAACACCGAGGCUGAGAGCAACCGGUUGAUGGCUGCUAAAGCACGACAAGUCAUGCUUCGUACUGCUUGGCUUGCUUGGCCGCGCUUCAUACGUGCGUCUCGCUCCUGGUGUGUUUCUAAGGCUGCUUACGGCUGGGUGGGAAGGCUCCCGCCUCUUGCUGAGGCGCAGAAGCUCUUUGGCACGGCCACUGUGGCUUCGGCUACGUGCAGGAUGGCAAACAGGCACCUUCGGGCUGCGGCCUACGGUGCCAUCUUGCACUUGGACUGUGUGGUCCCUUCGGGCCUCUUGAGCAAAAUCACCAAGGUGCUAUCCCUGGAACGACAGGGUUACGUGCCGGCAGGUGACAGACUUUGGGCCAGUAAGCCGGGCUCAUCGGUUCAUGUCUUCAAGAAAUGGAUGAGCAAACGUUCCUGGAAUGUAGUGCGGCCAUGGGUCUGGCAGUCUGAUUUGGUGGCCUCUUAUCGGAUUGACCUUUCGGUUGGUAGUAGACAAUCUCGGAGCGUGACUCUGCACAACUUUAGGCAAAACUGGCGUUUGCACCAGCUGCUCCUCUUCCUUAGAGGUGACCGCCACGAAGCGAGAGAAAUGUUGACACGCAGGACUGAAACUCAGCUCUUGCAAGACGCUGAACAGGUCGACUUUGCGCAACUACGCUCUCUUCUCCUGGAGAGGGCGGAACAUCGUACGAUUAUGCUCGGCGCACUGGUCAGUCCAGCCUGGCUGGCUGCAUGUGAAGGCUCGAAUGCGGAGCACCACUGCUGUCCAAGGUGUGGCAUGCUGCUUGCUCCCUUUCAGCAUGUUGCCUAUGACUGUGUGGGCAAGCCUCGGCCACAGAAUGAGUGGCAAGCUCGCUUCGGCUGGCCCCUGUGCAAUGUGCCUAAGGCUGUGAAUGCUGCCAGACUGCAAGUCUUGGCAGACACGUGUCGCGUGCUCUGGGAGCAGCGGCACCCUUCUGCAAACUGA